AGUGAGCUCACGUUCACACGUUGGUAAAGAGGCUGGUCUUGCAAUGCCUUUGAAUAUUUUACUUUUAGGCAGUUCCCCAUCAGUCAGCCACACACAUCCGAGGCGAGCUGAAGCUAACUACAGCCAUGGACAGCACUAGGAGAUCUGAAAUCUAAUCGCAUGCAUCAUACCUCCAGGAUAUUUUUUUAAAUUACAUAUAUAAACACGCCGACAGGCAGCCGUGCUCGCACACACACAUAUACAUCCACACGUCGGCAGAGCCGCCAGCACCCGCACGGCCGCUGAGCAAACACCUUGUCUCUUCUCGCAGGAUAUACCCGCUCACACACAUCUCUCUUCAUCUCCUCCUGGCUUCCCGGAGGAUCGUGCCGGCUGUUUUUCAUGGAGAAAGUCCAGGGAGAAAUGGAGAUUGAGAGAUGGGAAAGAAGUGAAGAGAUUUCAGACGCAGAAAAAAAGGUUAUUCAAGAGACAUGGAGCAGAGUAUAUGCAAACUGCGAGGACGUUGGGGUCUCCAUACUUAUCAGGUUUUUUGUCAACUUCCCCUCGGCCAAGCAGUACUUCAGCCAGUUCAAGCACAUGGAAGACCCAUUGGAGAUGGAGAGGAGCUUGCAACUGCGUAAGCACGCUCGGCGGGUCAUGGGUGCCAUUAACACUGUGGUGGAGAACCUCAAUGACUCCGAAAAGGUGUCCUCUGUUCUGGCCCUGGUGGGCAAGGCCCAUGCCCUCAAGCACAAAGUGGAGCCCAUCUACUUUAAGAAACUCACUGGUGUCAUGCUGGAGGUCAUUGCUGAAGAAUACGCCAACGACUUCACCCCGGAGGCGCACGGUGCCUGGACCAAGAUGAGGACCCUCAUCUACACCCACGUGACGGCGGCGUACAAGGAGGUGGGCUGGGCGCAGUACCCCACCGCCACCCUGUGAGGGGCCAGCGGGGCCAGGCGAGGGGCAGGGAGGGCUUCGCUCACCCCAGGACUUCACUCUGGUCUCUUCUCAAGAUCUUCGCUCAGUCUGGGGAGCCCGGUAGGGCCAGCUCUGUUAGCUGCCAAGUCACAAUUUGAUCUCCAUGGGGUUUAAAAACAAACUAAAUAAGCCAAAAAAAUAGAACCGUGAAGGGUGUGGGUGGGUCAGGGUGAAGCAGUUGCAGGGGACGCUGGAAGGGGAUGCAGAGCGCGAGGGGAGAGCGUUGGUUGUUGGCUCCAUCUUACUGUCCUGGCGUGUCCAUCACCACCUCCCAAAUCCUCCACCUUGCUUGUGCCAUCUCAAAGUCCCUUGCACAAGCUCUGCUGUGCAGCAGUGACGUGCAGCCCCGUUCACUGACAAACAAUACGACCCUCGUUUUCCCUGCAAAGCCCCCAGGUAAACCUGGCUCCUUGCUUUUGGGGGCACGAUGCUUAUGGGGACCUCCGGCUGCCUGGCUGGCAGCAAAAAUGCUUUGCUUUGCACUUUCUCUACUCCCCUGACAGGGUGGCAGGGCUGAUGGCCGUGGCCAGAGCCGCUCUCUGCUGUCCAUCACGCUGCACCGUGGGCCGGCAGCAGCCCUCGCCUCUCCUGUCACCCACAGUCCCUCUCCUUGGCUGGCUGCUGCAAACCCUCCGGGGGCCAGAGGGAGCGAGGAGGUGGGAGAAAUGUGCUCCCCCAGCAUAAGAGAGUGGGGAAGAAGGGGGAUGCCUUUGGGCUGCCUCCACUCGUGGCUCAGAGCACAGCACGUAGGUGGGAUCUCUGUGCCAGAUGCAGGGAGCUGGUAAGCCCACCUGCCUCCCUUCAGUUCCCGUGGGCAGCAGGGACAUGCACGAAGAUGGGCUUGGGUGGCACAUGUUGUGCCAUUGCCCUGGGAGCUGGCGCGCAUAGGUCGGUCUGUCCGGCAGCCAGCAGCAGGGUAGUGCAGGCAUGCAGGGCUGGGGCAGCUCUGCCCUGCUUGGUGAGAAGGGGGGUUCAGGCUGUGAUCAGGAGGGGGAAAGAUGAAGUGGACAUAGCAGGAGGGAUUCCUGGGUGUGAAGAAAGGUCCCUGCUCUGUUAAAAUUAGUAAAUAAGUUGUUACAUAGAGCAUAUUCCUGCCCUCUUGGUGAAACUGGGUUCCUUCAAAUAAAGUGCCUGGUAGAAAUCAACCCAUGCAGGAGCUGCGUCCCUCCUCGGGGGGCCAGCAGCACUCCUGCCUGUGCCUGGCAAAGGGCUCUCCCCCCUAAAAUGAGACGUGGCUGCAGGGCUCACAGCACUCAUCCUGCCUCCGACACUGACUCCUCCUGAAGCUGUGGGUGAGUCUGCUUGGUUCUGCCUCAGUUUCCCCUUCGGUUACAAAAAGGGGAGGAAGAGCAGCCCUGUUGCCUCCUGCACACAUGUGCUUGGAUUUAUAGGACCGAUUCCCAAAGGAUUGGGGAUGAAGCAUCAGAUGUGCUAGGAAGCUUUGGCAUCCUUGCCACCCAGUAUUUCCCAAAAUGUCUCUGUUAUUUUUAGAGCUCUAGCAUUAAGGGCAAUGUUACCUACUGAAGUGGGAGGCGUGUUCCCUUCUGAGAUUUCCUCUGGCCUCACUCCACUACUGCCCUGGAGAGCUGGCAGCUUUCCGGGAGAGACCAGCUCCUCUCCUGGAUGUCGGCUUGACAGGCAGCGAGCCCACAGUCCCUGGCUGGGAUCCCUGCGGCUGCCUUGGGGACAUCCCCCCCCUGCUGCGGGGACACUGCUGGAGGGGGCAGCAGUCACUCUCCCCGGGGCUGACCUCCCUCCUCUGGAGCAGCCAGCCAGAAACUCCUGCUUUGCUCACCCGCAGCCAGUUCAUCUGUGCUUUUAAUCAUCCCCAGGGAAUAGGGUUUUUUUCUUCCCUGUUUCUGGUGUUUUGCUGCCAUGCCAAGGGGCUCCUCUGCUCCCCAGCCUUGGCACCAACUGGGGGGUGGCCAGCACUGGGUAGUCGCUCCCAGAAAAGCUCUCACUGGGGUUUUCCCCUUUCCUCUGCCGGCUGUAACAGCAGGUUUCUGCUCAGGAUCUGUUGGAGCCUGUACAGAUGGGCAAACCCCCGGACCCCAGCCCUGCCCCUUCCAUCGCUCACGGCAAGAUGCUGGCACAGCCCACUGCUGGGCAGUGACCCUGGGGACCACUGCUCAAAGCAGCAGGGGUGGUGUGCUGGGGGGGGGAAAUGUCUUCUCCUGUUCCUUUGAGCUUUGUUAGAUGCAGCCAGGAGUUUGUGCCGUCGCCUGGUGCCCUGGCUCUGGGUAAAGUGUUUUGGGGAGGGGUCUAAACCUCUUGGCUGUGUUCCCCAGUGCUCCCUUGCCUUCCUGCGGAGCCCUGGGACCAGAGUUAGCCCCAGAAUAGCUCCAGGACUCCACUAAUAUGCUACUAUAGCUGCUCCCUCUGGCCUUGCAGUUCUGUCCGCCGUAUGUCCCACAACAAAGCAAGUGGAGAGGAGCAACGGAGCCAGGAGCAACAGCACGUUCUGGGCGUGCAUAGAGGGUUUGGUGGAAAUAACCACUCGAGGCGUGGCUGUCCUUGGCAUGGCAGCAUGCAAGGUCAAGGGGUUUAUAAAAGGAAGGGACGGACACAGCGUGACAAGUGAUGCUGCUUUGCUGAUGGGGUGGGCUGUCAUUUAGUGUCAGCACCCUCGAAAUUCAGCCCACCAGCCUGCACUCGUGAAGGUGCCGGCAGCUGAUGCCUCUGGCUCACAUCCGAAUGUCAAAGCAGCUGCUAAUCCUUUGCGCAGCUGGCGGAGGCAUCCUUCAAAUGGCAGCUGCUGGUGGGGUCAGGAUUAGGCCUGUGCAGAGGGGAAAAGACCUGUUCAGCCAUUGACUUUGCUCCAGUGCAAGACUGGAGAGCGAUCACUUGGAGUAAGAGUGUUAGGUAUUCUUUGGGUGCAUCACGGGACUCUCACGAGCACAACUCCACCGAUUUCUGCCAAAACCUCAGGGCCAGCGGCAUAUAUUUUCAAUGAGUUCAUGUACUCCCUGUGCUCUGCAGAUGCUGGGCCAGGGAUGUUUCAUCUUUAGACAAAUUUCACACAUUAACCUUUGAGGUUAAUAUUCUCCAGGUGGGAAUUUUUAUUUUUUUAGUGCAAACCCUUCCUCCUCCCUCCCACAACCAAAAUUAGGCUUGGUCACACUUAGAGGGGGAAGUGAUUUUGGGGUGGCUGGAAAGUACCCAUGUUCAUGCCCGACCCACCUGAGUGCCUUGGAUUUGGGGGAGCAGCAGUGAGGUCCCCCCACCUCACCUUUGAAGGGGGCUUGGUUUCUUCUUUUCUUUUUUUUGCCUCCCUAGAAAAAACUGACCCAUGACCUUGUGCGCCCACGUGUGUGUGUGCUAGGCUUGGGUUUUUUUCCAGGCACAUUUUUCUAAAGCAAAUCCAGAUGCGUGCAGCUGCUCUCCCUCGAGGAGCUCCCCCAUCAGCCAAAAUUGCAGGCCAGUCGAAUAUAUGCAAACAAAACCAUGUUUAUUUUUAUCAGCUCUGUAGGAAGUAAAAUGAAGCAAGGAGGGCGGCUGGGGCAGAGCUCGCAAGGGGAAGAGACAGAGAUAAAGCGAACGCCCCCUCUUCGCCACCCGCAGCAGAGCAGGCAUUGCUUAAAUCAGGGAAAAUUCUCAUCUGGGGAGAGAUGAAAAUGAACAGAAAAAGGAAAAAAAAAACCAAACAUUCCAGAGUGACAAGGCUGAUAAAUGCUGUGUGGAAGAGCAGAAAGGGAGGCCAGGUCCUGGCUCUGAGCGUGGCUCUCUGAUGCACACAUGUGCACGUGCCUGCACAGCUGCUCCCUGUUAUCGCCAGCCCUGUUACUCCCCCCUGAACCCACCACAGCCGGCUGGGGACCCCUUUAUCCCCCCUUCCCUUCAGGCCCUGCUCGCUGGGACUCAACAUUUCACCUCCCAGCACACUUGGGCUGAGAUAAGGGUGCUGCCCACGCACGCUUUGGGCUCAGCUUUGCUCUCCUUAACUGUGGCAGGUAGGGACCGACUCGCAACGCUGUUCCCCAAAAUUCACGGGUGAGAAGCUGGGGGCUCAGGGCAUGGUGCCAGCACAUGCUGGGGACCAGCCAGUCUCUCCCCUUCCCUGGGGGGACCCCUGUGUCCCCCAGCCCCAUUCACCUUCCCCAGGGAUGCUGCUGGACUACUCCUGUUCACUCUGCUCCUCUCUGAUGGCCGUGCUGUUGCGGCUGCCCCCAUGCAAGCCAGCCAAGCUCACCUGAGAGCUGCUGCCCCUGUAACCAGGGCAGGAUCUGGCCCCUGGCUCGGCCAGUACCUCUACAUUAGCAUCAGGGCUGGGCUUGGACCCUUGACCCGGGUGGGAAAGUCUUUGUGCCCCCCUGCAAGCAGCAGAUGAAUGCCAUGUGAGCGGGGGGAUUUGGUGUCGCUGUGGCAGGGUCCCCCCCACCGAGCACCUUGUCCUGGCUCUCUUUGGGGACACCGGCUCAUAUCAACCAGCUUGUGUCCCCCCCCCCCCCAAGUUCAACGCUGUGUUUGGUCAGAGGGAGCUCAACGCUGGAGGGAAUGGGAAGCACUGGGUUGGGAUGGGACACAGAUCCCAUCCACCCUGUCCCCUCCUCCCUAUGGCCGACACUCCAGGCAGGUAUAGCUCCAUAUACACCCGGUCAGCUAGAGAGACACCCCAACGUCACCAGAGCCGUUUGGACAAGGAACCCUUAAGGACCUUGCGCCACCACCCUCCUCUUCUCUCAUGGCAAGACAAAUCCCCGAGGCAGCCAAACUGCAGGCUCUCCCGGGGGAAUCCUCUUGCAUCUCUGCCAGUUUGCUGCAGUUUGCCCCAGUAAAGGGGAUCCCAGCGUCUCCCCGCUCUCUGGGGAGGUGCCCAGCGACUUCAGUGGGGACCAGAUUUUGGCUGGCUGGACUCUGGCACCAGAGCUCAGCCUUCCCUGCCCCUUGCCGUAGGGAAGCCGCCCUGGUGCACUGAUGUCAGUGCGAGGACUGCUCGGGGCCAGCGCCAGCGAUGCCAGACAGAUGGGUGGAAGGGAAACCCAUGAGCUAACCUUGGACCAACUUACGGAAAGGGAGGGAUAAAACUACCCGCCUAUUUAACAGAGUGCGACGCUAAUUAUUUUCCAUAGCUGAAGUUGUCUCUAAUUGUUAGUAUGUCUUAACCAGUCCCACCGUGACCCACAGACAUGAGCCGGCGUGGUCUGAUGUAACUCCGUGUCUUUCCUGUUACUGCUGCGGAUACUGUUCACGUAUGUGUUUCUCGGCGCUUCCGUGCUGGUUUUAUACAUGCCGUUUCGUGUACGAUGGGUGUAACUUGUUUUUCUUUUUGUAGGUUUUUAGUAUGUUUGUACCCAGACAGAAUGGUGUUAUUAAACUGAAACUUGUAUCUUCAGUGGAUAAAUCAAUCAAACCCCUCCA